AUGGCCCCCAGCACAGACUUCAUGGAGCACAGUUCCCUCCUGACUCCCAAAGAGAAAAACAAACUGAGGAAGCCGGUGGUGGAGAAGAUGCGCCGGGACCGGAUCAACAGCAGCAUCGAACAGCUGAAACUCUUGCUGGAGAAGGAGUUCCAGAGACACCAGCCCAACUCCAAGCUGGAGAAGGCUGACAUCCUGGAGAUGACCGUCAGCUACCUGAAGCAGCAAAGCCACCUGCAAGGCAAAGCUCCAGGCUCACUCCCCAGAAGCCUGCAGACGGACUUCAAGGAGGGUUAUGCCCGCUGCCUGCAGGAAGCCUUUCAGUUUCUCUCCUUCCACAAGGCACAGACGGACACGCAGACCAAACUGCGCAGCCAUUUCCAGAAGAGCUCCUCCGCGGCCCCUGAGGGGUUGUCUCCCUCCUUCCCAGCCCCUAGUCCUGGGAAGCAGCCUGCUCUUAAAGGUCCUCCCAGUCCUCUGUGGCGGCCCUGGUAA